GGAGCUCGGUAUUAACCGUCAGCCGCGUUUACCCAGCUGAUGACAGCCAGUGUUGGGAUAUUCAUUUUAAAGCGUCUUUUCCCGUCACCAUGUCGGACACUGAGAGGUCUCUACCCGCCUUCAGAAAGCUGAGCUAUGCGGUGGGACACUUUCUCAACGACCUGUGUGCCUCAAUGUGGUUCACAUACCUGCUGGUGUUCUACCAUUCAGUGCUGGGCUUCCAAAACACAUAUGCAGGUGUGCUGCUGCUGGUGGGUCAGAUAGCUGAUGGUAUCUGCACGCCUCUUAUCGGCUACGAGUCUGAUCAAGCACCCGGCUGUGGAAACUACGGCAAGAGGAAGAGCUGGCAUUUAGUAGGGACCGUGUCCGUGCUGCUGUCCUUCGCCUUCAUCUUCAACCAGUGUCUGGGCUGCGACUCCUUCACCCCCCAGUGGGCCAGUUUGACCUACUUCGUCCCGUUCAUCAUCAUCUUUCAGUUCGGCUGGGCCGCCACUCAGAUCUCCCACCUGUCCCUCAUUCCAGAGCUGGUCACCUGCGAGCACGCUAAAGUAGAGCUCACCGCAUACAGGUAUUCCUUCACAGUGAUAGCCAACAUCACAGUGUACGCAGUGGCUUACCUGCUGUUCCACGUGCACGCCAGACAGGGUGAAGACGCGCUCAGCGAUGAACUGGGACCAGUAGACAUCCCCGUCUUCAGGAACCUGGCGUUGAUCGUGCUGGGCAUCGGCGCUCUCUUCUCCAUUUUCUUCCACCUGGGCACCACUGAGAAGAGACCUGGAGCAGGAGAGGAGACUGGAGGAGGGAGGACGGAGGAGGAAGAGGAGGAGGGUGAGCGGAGGCCUCUGCUUCCUCGCCCCAAGACCACCUCCUCCUUCCUGCAGUGGAAGUGCUGGCUGCGGCAGCCGUCUUUCUACCAGGUGGCCUUACUCUACAUGUCCACCAGGUUAAUAGUCAACCUGUCUCAGAGCUACAUCGCCAUGUAUCUCCUCAACACUCUGGGGCUACCAAAGAAUUUCAUAGCGACUAUCCCAUUAGUGAUGUACGUGAGCGGCUUCCUGUCCUCCUUUAUAAUGAAACCUGUCAGUAAACUCAUUGGGAAAUCUCUCACCUACUUCAUGGGCCUGCUGCUGAUCAUGGCUUUCUCCUACUGGGUGCUGCUGGAUAAGAAUAUGGGCCAGCGGGUGUACGGGGCGGCCGUGCUGCUGGGGGCGGGGUCAGCUACCAUCCUGGUCAUAUCACUGGCCAUGACGGCUGAACUCAUCGCUGAUCAGACGCAAAGUGGAGCGUUUGUGUACGGAGCCAUGAGCUUCACUGAUAAACUGGCUAAUGGAGCUGCUGUGAUGAUCAUCCAGGCCAUGCAUCCUUGCCACACCGUGGGGUGUUGUCCGGACUGUGUGUGGUUUUAUCACAACGUCAUGGUCAUAGUGACGGGAGGCGUGGCCAUCGUCGCUGCUCUGGCGCUCUGCUCCAUUCUCAUCUGGCCAAUCAAGAUCAGACCACGUGGUGUGUCUGCAGUCUCAGAUGACACAGGCACAAUCAACUAACCCCCCCCCCUCCCAGGCCUUCCAGACAACUGACACCCGAGCAGCAGCAACAAAAACACAAACUACAGACAGGAGAACUUUCACUUUAGUUUCUCCUUCAGUUUCAUGUUGAGUGUUUUUCAGGGAAAAGCUCGAUCAGAUCAGACAUCCUGAUUGGCUGCUCAAAUAAAAAAAAACUGCUGCACUUAAUAAGAGACAGAUGUAGCACUUGUGACGGUGCUGCAGGAGCAACUAAAAGGAACUAAGGGAGCUCAGGAGGGACAUUUACUUUAUUUUGACACUUCUCUGACGACUGCAGGCAUUUCCAACCUGGACCUUGUUUUCCCAUCAUACACAGUGACUCAGGAUGCCACAUAUAGAAUCUUUUAAUUUGAUAAUUGUUAAAAAUCAACAGUGUUCAGUUUAUUUUCAAUACAGGGUAAUGAUAUAUAACUCAUACUAUAAAUAAGUCAGAUUCAGGUGUCUUGGCACCAGGCUUCAUAAAACUUCAUACAAGGAGAACACAAUCUCCAACUGAACUGUACAUAGCACGAGUUGCAUUAUGGGUAAUGUAGGCACCAGGUUUUAACAAGAAAGAGGAAUGCGUGGAGUAAAAAGUAGAAUAUCUCUAGUUCUGGUUCUGCUGCACAAACUUAAAUGAAAAAACAAACUAUUCACCAUGAGUCAGACACUAAACGUGACACUAAGCUGGUGCAGUACCGUUUUUUUUUGGUAAAUAAGCAAUAAGGAGCUUUUUGGUGCAGUGAAGCAGUUAAAGGGAAUGUUGAUAAAAUGACAGAAUUUUGGAAAAUGAUGAAAAAACAAGGUCCAGGUCCAUAAUUUAGAGCAUAAGAGGAGAGAUUGGGAACAAAUAGACAUGUAGAGCUCUUACUUUACAUUAGAGUGAAUUAUUGAAUAAGAGGGACGGCUGCUAACUGAUGUCAGAGCCAAAACAAACUAAGAAAAAAAGGAUGGAGAAAAAAAAGGAUGAUGAAGGGAACCAGAUAUAUCAGAUAUUUGGCGUAUUCCUGCGGUGCAACAUCUGGUAACAUCUGCUGGUGAGUUAUCAUGGAAGAAGACUACAAGCAUGAUGAUUUUCGACAUAAAGACUUUGAUGAGGCAUUGAUCGACCACUACAUUCACAGUCAGACUGAUGGACCGACUCCUGAAUCCACAGGUCAAGGCCUCGCUGCGACACGCACACACACACACACACACACACA